AUGAGCCAUACCUUGGACAACAUCGAUGAAACGAAUGAUUUUGGGCUUGAAGGGGAGGAAUCGGAGGAGGACGAAGAGACGUCCGUAUGGGACGUUAUCGAUGGUCUACUUAAAGAUGACAGGUACGAGGAGGAAGAAGUAGGCGAAGGGGAGGAGAUGCCACCUUCCACGACGGUUUCCGUCGAGGAGGAGAUUGAAGAAGAACCACCGAGCCCGGAGGAAAUCGAGCACGUGCCUGUCGAGAUACCUCCAGAGGUUCGCGUGAAAUCAUCCUUCUUCAUCCAAGUUUUGGACGAACGCGAACAGCUUAUCGACAAACUGAAAGAGUUACUAGCCGAAAAGUCCGAUUUAAAUCGGAAAAACAGACUGUUUGAGCUGUGGAUUACUCGAAAUAUGAAGAAGACCCAACAGCGAAUGACACCCGCGGAUCCCACCAAGACCCGCGAACAAAUGGAAGAGGUAUACAAGGAAGUGCUGCGCGAGUACAAGAUACAGGUGGACGAGUUACUAACUCGGCAGGACGAAUUGGCGUACGAGUUGCAGAGUUACACGGCUAGAGUCAAGGCGCUCAAAGAAGAAGACGAUCGAAUCUUUCAAGAGUUUUUGCACCGACAGAAAGAAAUAUCCGUCGAUUUGAUUUUCUCGAAAACCGGCAGAAAGCUCACGGAGAAGAUGAUGGAUAAUUCGAUACGUCGUCAGGCUACACGACGCAUGAUCCUAGCCCAAGAUCGCCGCAACUACGUGUUGCUUCAACACCGUCUCGACUAUUUGAACGUGCAACUGAAAAUCGCUGAGACCUUGGGAGAGGGGAUGACCGCGAUGGAUUACGAGGCGCUUCACAUUGCUAAUCUCGGGUACAAAGACAGAUUGGACGAUAGAGACCGUGAAUUGGAAAAGCUUCGAAACAACCUAUCGGAUACUUUAAACGACUCUUCUCGCGAUCUCUUAUCGAGCAGAAUCGCAGAAACGGUGAAUGGCGUGGCUCAGUACAAGGAAAAGGAGGUGUGCAUAGUGGACGACAUAGAGUUUGAGCAAAUAAAUCUCGAUCACUACCGCGGGCUGAACACCGAAAUUCGGGAACGCGUGAAUAUUGCUCACGUGGCGUUGAACGAGGUACGGGAGACCUUGAACGAGAAGAACAUCGCCGCUGGACUCUUAGCAAGCGUUGAUGCAAAUGCAGAAAAUGAUGUCGAUGAAGGAAGAACUGACGAACAAAAUCAAGAUGAUCGAGCAAGAGAUCGAAUUGUACAAGCCGGUGAAACAAACGACGAAGAAGAGCCAGUUGUCACGCACGACACUCCCGUAGGAAAACAGCAAUUACCACUGAGCCUAGGUACUUUGGCUGACCAGAUAAAAUCAGACAAGGGUGGAUCUCCUGCUGUUCGCGUCGAAGGGGCACGGCCAUCGAUCGAGACGUACGGAGCGUACGAACCGAGUGCUCGAGCAUCCAUCGUUCGCGUGAUUUUGGGCCAAUUAGGACCGGCGUCGAAGCCAUUAAUUCUUUCUGGUAAUUUGUCCAUAGCUGGAAUUGAUUUAAGACCAACGCGCGUGGAUCGAAGGGUAAGACGAAUGGUUGCCCACGUAGCACGAAAAGAGAUGACGUGUCAAUUAAGCUACCCUACAAUCCAGCGGAAAGUUAUAUGCAAAAGGCCGGGAUGCGUG